UCCGGGUAACAGAUGCGGCCAAGAGUCGCUUCUGAUCCGUCUUACCUUACAAAUCGGCGAAUCUGUUUCUGUCCUGGUGCACUAUUUCUAACAGUUUAAUUGCUGUAUGAUAUUCCUCCGCAUCACGUUCUGGGUAUCAUAUACAACCCUGAGUCGGCCAGUAAGGCGUAUGGAUACGGAGGAUCAGCCUAAUUGUAUUUUGGAUUAUAAAUGACUGUUUUUCAAUACGCUCUAACAUCUGUUUCAUGACGUCGUCAGUGAAUCCCGAAUUUAAAUUGCACGUGCGGGAUUAGUGUUCGACGCUUAAAACAUCGAUUCGGAGACUAAAAGAAUACGUAUAUCGGGGAACCGGGUGAAGGGGUAUCGGACCUGCGGAAUCAAGGUAAAGUCUUACCUGUUCAACUAGCUCCGCGGGCGCAAAAACCAACGGAGGAGACUUAAUAUUGAGGAAACACACAAGGAAUACUGUAUAGCCGACGCCUUUUAGCUGGUCGACAGACAUGUCUCCGACAUCGACCACACAUACGUGACUGAGCCAAACACAGAAUGGCAACUCUCCUGUGAUUGAAGAUAAAAACGGUGACCUUGAAGUCACGCAGCUUUGCUAGCUGGGUGACCGUGUCCAGUUUUGGAUUUAUUUGAGAUUUCGGAACUGAGUGACUGAGACUAGAUGUACAGUUGGAGCCGGAACGUGAAUUUGCCCGACUGCGUGCCUGCGGAACACGAUGACAACGAUGACAGCCAUGAUUGGAGGCCAUUUUUGUGCAAUCUUCAUGCUAAUAGCGGGUUUGGACCUCGUUCUGAGCGACGUUCACGAGUAUCGUUUAGUACGAGAUUUGCUUAAGAAUUACGAGAAGAGAAUCAUGCCGUCCCAGAAUAGUUCUAAACCUUUAAAUGUUAAGUUUGGUGUGGCGCUGGCCCAGAUAAUAGAUGUGGAUGAGAAGAACCAAAUAAUAACCACGAAUUGUUGGCUAAAUUUGGGAUGGCUCGAUUACAUGCUGAAGUGGGACCCAAAGAAGUAUAACAACAUCGACGUUGUCCGGAUACCCUACUCAGACGUGUGGAAACCCGACAUAUUGCUCUAUAAUAAUGCUGAUGUGGGGUCAUCGCUAUCGUCAGUCAGUACGAAUGUUAUCGUCACGCCGGACGGCAAUGUCACGUGGUUGUCCAUGUGGAUAUUUAAGAGUUCGUGUUCGAUGGAUGUGCGAUACUUCCCUUUCGACGUCCAGAAUUGUAGUAUGGAAUUCGCUUCUUGGACUUUCGAUAAUAUGAAGCUGAAAAUGGUGAAAAUGGGGGAGAACGGGGAUCUAACUAAUUAUAUCCCGAGUUCGGAGUGGGAGCUGAUAAUGUUUAGUUACAACCUACAUCCCGUUAACUUCUCGUGCUGUCCCGUCCCGUAUGACUUUAUGAAAUAUUACAUCGUGCUGAAGAGACGGCCAUUAUUCUACCUGUUUAACAUGGUGAUGCCGUGUAUACUGAUCACCCUGGUGGCCCUCCUGGGAUUCUACAUGCCCUCGGACUCGGGCGAGAAAAUAUCUAUGGGGAUUACCACGUUGCUGUCCAUGACAGUCUUCUUGAUGAUCGUGGCUGAACGACUGCCUCCUGUGUCAGACGUGGUACCCCUCAUAGGGUUGUAUUACGGCAUUACCAUUGCCAUCGUCUCCUUCGCCACUGCCAUGAAUGUGUUCACGUUGAACAUCCACCACAAGGGUUCCCGAGGGUUUGAGGUUCCCGUGUUACUCAAGAAAGUUUGUUUUGGCAUCUUUGCUCGGAUGUUGUUCAUCAAGCUGGACCUACCGGAGCCACCGCCGGAACCUGGCAUGGAGAAAGUUCCACAAGGAGAAUACUACAAAUUUGACAAAUUCGAAACAGAAGUUCCACCUGAAAAUGGUGGGGUUUCACCACGGUUCACCAGACGCUUGAACGUAGCAAACAGCGACUAUUGUGAACGACAGUUUGUGCGGGUAUUGCAAAAAGUGAAUUGGACUAUUGAACGGAAUGAGAUGCGUUUAGCGGACCAAGAUCGGAAAGAUUUCAUAAAACUUGAGUGGCAGCAGGUGGCGCUAGUGAUAGAUCGGACAUUGCUGGUUUGCUUCCUUAUCCUCAUGUUCGCUGUGACGCUUUCCAUCCUGGUCCCGCCUGACGAUGGACUCGGGGGUCUUAGGGGUAACUGAGUGUAAAGCAUAUUACAUGACAAUGCAUAUAUAUGUAUGUAUGUAUAAUUUCCCGUAUGAAUUCAUUUCCAUCAAUUUUUUUCUUUCAGUCGAUAUAGUGUUCGAUAGAGUGUAUAACCCCAUUUCAAAGUAUGAAACGGAAGUAUGCGCAUGCGUGUACGACAUUUCAACGCCUGGACGUCGGAAACAACAUUGUGGUAUUAUUCCCAACUUGAAUACUGCAGCGUAAGACAAACACUUUACCCGAAAACACAACCCGUCACUUACGAAAGCCGAGUAUUCAACAAACAGCAGCAAACAGUCUGCCAACCGUACUAUGGACACUUAGAGCAUUAAAUUAUUUCAAAAAGCUUUUGGAAAGCCAUCUCUUGAAAAACGUUUUCGAAAACCCUAUCACGUCUUGGUAACCGCGUUCAAACUAGACACUCCCAAAUAAGCUAUAUCGUCAUAAUUGGGAUGGCGUUUAGAAAAUCAUAGCUCUAACCUGGCUGAUACCGGGCUAUAAUAUUGGUGUACCGAGUACGCUAGUUAUAUAUCACUGGUUGUGUAUGGAAGUCCAGUGAUCAUUAUCACAUAGCGAUCGAUCGAUGAACAAAGUCGUUCCAUUUGGGUCUAUUUGCAAAAUUCUAAUAUAAUAGAGCAGCAUCAUGGACACAAAAAAACAAAACUUAUCCAACAGCUGGUCCUCGUCCUGUCAUAACAGUGACAUUUGUUUUAAAACUGUCGAAUCCCACACCUGAGCCAUAUUCAGAAACCGUCCCCACAAUUAAAGUUAUCAACGCAUUUGUCUUGUAGCUCGUCGAGGCAUGGUACUGGUACUCAACUUGAAUACAUUAAAAUAAAACAAGAUUUGUUUUUCUCUCUCUCUCGUUUGAAUACAGAAUUGAGCUAACAGUUAUAUUUUAUUCGUAAUUAGUCCAAUCAAAAUUACCCAUCGGUAUAUUCAACUCUACUCCAACUGGCUAUUAUGGUUUCCGUGUGAUCUGGUAAAGCAGCUUCUGCUUCAGAUUUUACACGUAAAUAAGCGUUAGCAUGCUAACUGUACACUAUAUAAUAGUCGAUAUCAUUACGGCAGGCCUUCAUUAAGAAAGAUUGAAAUGCCAAAUCAUUUCGUUACUAAAUUUACUGAAUAGUUUACUGGAGUUAUCACUGGAACAUUUAAUAAUUGUACAAUUAGUGCUAAUAUGUAUUUGUUAUCAUUACAAAACAGGUAAUGCUCUGCCGUAAGAGUAGCAUUUACGUGUGAUGUAUCUAGACGCUAACGGAUUUUUAUACAGAUAACUCAUCUAUCACACGUUAAAUUAUUCCACUCCAAAUGUUGUUCAUCUCUUUGCCAAUGUCAACUUGUAAAUGUAAAAUCGAUAAGCUUUCACAACAAACAGGUUUAAUAGGUGUGGGUAGUUUAGUGCUACAGUAAUGCAAUACGUACUUGAUUACUUACCAGCCGAAAAACAUCGCUCUUCAACGCCGACAUCAUUUAAUGUGUUAUUGUGCUGUGUAAGAUGUCGCUUGUAUGUAGCUACUAAUUAUGGUUUGUUUAUUUUCCCGUGUAUAUUGCCUGUGUAAAAUGAGUUUCCCGACGCGACAAAACAAGAGGAUGCUAAUUCCCGGUAAUUACCGUGAAUGUGUAGACCGUAUGGAAAGGCCAUAGAGUCGGCCUCAAUAUGACGGUAAACACCUUACUAUCAACACCAAUGUAUACGUGGUCAGUGGAGCGAAACUAACGUGAGUAGCAGUAAUGUUGACGUUGUCUUCUACAAGUAUUGUGUGAGCAUUGAAACGCGUAUAAACAUGUUAACGUCCAUACACAAAGUAGUGCGUAAACGCGUAUAAACAAUUUAAUGGCCAUACACAAAGUAGAAAGUCCGCUAAAACACCGAAGAAAUGCAACUGUAUGUACUCCACGGAAACACAUGCAAAGGACAUCGUUUUUGGCAACCUCUUUUUGAGUACGAAAAGGCGGAGAUUGCUGCUGCUAACAGAUUACAAAACCUAGGUUUAAUGAACUUCAUACAAAAAUAGAAGAUAUAUAUUUUUGUAUGUCAGCAAUAUUUUCCAUAGAACUUAUUACGUUGUAAAAUUGCAAACUUUGAGAAUGUACAGUGCCAGUGGGUAAUAAUGGCAUCUCCGCUGUAUCCCCAGGCCUAUAAUAAACCGGGCACCAGGAUAUAUGAAGACUAUGAUGUUGCAUUUUGUCUUAAGCGUAAAAAAGAGUUUCAAUUCAAUAUACGAAACACAAUUAAUAGGAGUCGUAAAGCAGCAUGUCUGCUAUUUUAAGCAAAAGAAGUGUCUAAUUAGGAAUGUUAAUCUUUUUCCUUACCAUUAAUUCUUUCGUAUUUUUUGUGUUAAAGGAUUUAUUUACUUUUUCAAUUAGUAGAAUAUGCAUAUAUGUAGCUUUUGAAAGUUGGGGCUUUUUGUAUUAGAUACAAAGUGACUCCGCACUGACGGUGUGUGAAGAUUUUUACUGGCCUAGCGGGAAUGUGUUGAAUUAUACUUAGUAAUUAUGAUUCCUAGCAGAUAUAAAUCAAACACGGAUACAUGUACAACUGGAGACUUCUCGUCUUUACGAUAUGUAGGCAAAGACUCCACACAAAAAAAUUGUUUACAAAACAAACGAGAAAUUUUAGUGUUUUACUUUCAUGGUUUUUGCUAAAUGAUUUACCACCAAGCUACAAAUGAGAUGUUAUAAUUG